AUGUCUGUUCGACACGCGUCUGUUAUGUCAAAUGCCUCAACCCGAAGCCACGGCUGGAACAAAAGGGCCAUGCGAAAGGUCACUUUUACCCUGCUAGUGUGUGGCCAGCCAGGCACCGGAAAGACCACCUUUGUCGAAACGUUACUAGGGAAAAAGAACCUUUUGCGCGAAAAAAUCUGGAACAAACAGCAGGGGUCGAAUAUGGAACUUUAUACAACUACAGGAGAGCUCGACGAAGAAGACGGCUCGCGUUUGGCCCUCACUGUAAUUGAUACCACCGGGUUUGGAGAGUCUAUUGAUUCCACUAACGAUAUUGAUUAUCUCGCCGAGUAUGUGGAGACCCGAUUUGACGAAGUGCUUGCUGAAGAGUCCCGAAUCCGCCGCAACCCCAAGUUCCGUGAUAACCGAGUUCAUGCCUGUCUGUACUUUAUUGAACCUUCCGGCCACGGUUUGAGGGAGCUGGACAUUGCAGCCAUGAAGCGUCUGGGCACUGUUGUCAACGUGAUUCCAGUUCUUGCCAGAGCCGAUCAAAUGACCACGUCAGAGAGACUCCAUUUCAAGAACCAAGUUGUAGAGGAUCUCAAUUUCCACGAGAUCCCCAUUUAUGAUUUUGGCCAGGACAUCGACGACCUUGAAGAGGAAUCUGAGUAUGUGCAGCUACUUGAAACGGUCAGAAAGGCCCAGCCAUUCGCAGUUGUGUCCAGCACCGAGUUCGCGGAGGACGGCCACCCGCUAUAUCGUCGAAAGCUCCGCCAUGGCUCCAUUGACAUUACCAACCCCAAACUCAGUGACUUUAUUUUGUUGAGGGAAACGAUUCUCACGUCGUUCCUGUCGGAUCUCAAGGAUGCAACCCGGGAUGUUCUGUACGAGUCCUAUCGAACAGCUCGCCUGAGUGAGCCGACUACGGCGUCUAUUAACCGCAGGGGCAACCGGUCUUCGUUGCUCAGCCCCGAGGAAUUGGCAGAGCAUGCCAACCGAUUGAAGGAGGCUCAGCUGCUGCGGGAGAACCAGCAGCUGGUAGAGUCAGAGAACAAGAUUGCCAAGGAAAUUGAGGAACGCAGACGUCAACUGCUUGAACGUGAGAAAGAACUCAAGGAGAUGGAAAUACGACUGGCCCGUGAGCGUGAGGCUUUAGCGUCUCCUGUACAGCAGCAAUCUUUACCUGACUCUGUCCAGACUAGGUUCCUGCCAAAUGGUGCUACACCGCGACCUACCUCGACUGCCACUGGUGAUGAGGCCUUUGCAGAUGCCAAAGAAGCUAACAGUGGCCGUCCUAGUGUCGACAAAAUCGAUACCCAGGCUGCAUCUGCGGUUGAUGGCGUUGUUUUCGGUGCUCCUGAAACUCCUCGUCAGAUGGAUAAUGAGAAUGCUUCAUCCCCUUCGCCCCCUCCUCGCUCUCCUCACCGGCCGUUAUCGUUUGUUGGAGCAACCUCUCCGCUGCAGAUUAAGAAAGGCAGUAAAGAGGACCUCCCGCCACUCCCCCCUCUUGAUUCUCAGGAAACUCCCGAUUUGAAAUCUCAUCCUUAA